AUGACCACAUUAAUUGAACAUUUGAUCUUCUAUAGAUCCUACCAUUUCAACAAUACCAAUGUGACGAUACAUUUGAUUUGUAUUCCAAUUAUUUUGUUAUCGGCGAUCACAUUCUUAACUCCCGUUGCUUUACCUUCUGUGUCAUCCAACCCGUUGAUCAAUGUUGGUAAUGUCGUUGCUUGGAUUUAUGGUUUGUAUUACAUCUCCUUAGAUUGGAAAGUUGGAGUUCCCUCAGCAUCCGUGUUGGUAACUUAUGCAUACUAUAUUGGCAAUUAUUACAGAUCUUUAUCAGCAACUUCAUCACCUACAUCUAGCGAAUUUGUCAAUUAUGCAAUUGCAGCUCAUACUUUUGCUUGGAUUGCUCAAUUUUAUGGUCAUGGAGUCCAUGAAAAGAGAGCACCAGCAUUGCUUGACAAUUUAUUACAGGCUUUAGUUUUGGCUCCAUUUUUUGUUGCUUUUGAAAUUACGUUCUUUUUGGGGUUAAGAAAGGAUUUGAAAAAGACCAUGGAUAACGAAGCCGGAAAAAGAGUGAGAGAUUUUAGAUUGAAAGAAAAGUCACAAAAGGCCAAGUCUUAA